AUGGGAGUAUUUUUGGACUGUACGCCAGAUGGGUAUGUGUCUGAAGAAGUGUCAGUUUCCGAGACCAAACCUGAAUCCUCUCUCCAGCGAGGGCUCCAGGAUUGGGGGACAACUCUGGAAGAUCCUCUCCCAGCUGAGGAGCUUUAUGCCCUGGGUGAGGCGUUGAGCCAGAGCCUGCGGAGCGCCCUGAGGAUGGAGGGUCUGGGGGAAGAUGUGGACUGGGAGGCAGUGAGGUGUAGAGAAGAGUUCAGAGAAACAACCUGGAACUUCAACUUAGAGCAAACCUCUCCAGAAUUGUCAUGGGAUCCCAUCGACCUCUCCAACGACAACACCAUGACCUUUGACCCUAUGAGAGAAUGGAAGCAUCCCUCCUCACCCUCUCUCUUGGACACCUUGUCCCCGAGGACCUCCAGUAGCUUUGACAGCAUGUCCCCCAUGAUGUCCCCCAUCCUGUCUCCUCUGUCCUCCCUAUUGCUCAGCCGCUGUCCCCUUCCUCGGUCCCUCUCCCAGCCUGCUGAGGAGAGGAGCGAGGGAAGAAGAAUGAGAGAUGAGGAAGGUCAGAGAGGGACGAAGAAUUCGGCACCGGGCCAUCUUGUCCUGCAGGGUGGGAGUAGAGAUAGAGGUGACAACAGUGACGUUAAGGUCAACAGAGGACAAGAAGGGGACUAGGAAGAGAGUGGCAUGGCUGGACCUGAGGCUGAAUGAGCAGAACCAGAAAGACAACCAGAGCAAAGGCGACUCCAGUUGGGCUGAGCCCGGUGUUUCCAGUUUGUUCGCUGUGCUGUCUUCAGGUGAGUGGUCACCUUAUGCAAUUCAUCAUGUCCAAAUUAUAACAAGAAAAAGGGGCUUACAGAAGGGGGAAAACAUACUGCGUAGAAUGGAGUAAGACACAUUGUGUCAUGUAACUAAUAUCCAGUGUGCUUGUCUUUGAGGAUGUGUACUGAGCUGCACAGGUUAACUGACCCUUAAACAGUAGAAGUUGCUUCUAUCCAUAGAUAAGUGGAAAGCAGAGCUCUGCGAUGCUCUAGCUAGGUUCUGACAGUCAGGUUUACACAUGGUUUAGUGAUCUGCUGUUUCUUCCUCAACCACUCUGCAUUCUCUACAGUCAGGUGACAGGUAAAUAUUUUUAAAGCCUUGAUACAAUUGAAACAUGGAUUGUGUAUGUGUGCCAUUCAGAGGGUGAAUGGGCAAGACAAAAGAUGUAAGUGCCUUUGAACAGGGUAUGGUAGUAGGUGCCAGGCGCACCGGUUUUUGUCAAGAACUGCAACGCUGCUGGGUUUUUCACGCUCAAUGGUUUCCCGUGUGUAUCAAGAGUGGUCCAACACCCAAAGGACAUCCAGCCAGCUUGACACAACUGUGGGCCUGCCAACCAGACAUCUUCGUCCAGACAGCCUCACCAGCUGAGCCCUCUAUUAUCGCUCUACCUGGUACCUACAUAUACUGUAUAUACAAAAGUAUGUGGACACCCCUUCAAAUGAGUGGAUUCGGCUAUUUCAGCCACACCCGUUGCUGACAGGUGUAUAAAAUUGAGCACACAGCCACGUCAUAGGAUGCCACCUUUCCAAGAAUUCAGUUCGUAAAAUGUCUGCCCUGCUAGAGCUGCCCCGGUCAACUGUAAGUGCUGUUAUUGUGAAGUGGAAACGUCUAGGAGCAACAACGGCUCAGCCGCGAAGUGGUAGGCCACACAAGCUCACAGAACGGGACCGCCUAGUGCUGAAGUGCGUAGCGCGUAAAAAUCGCCUGUCCUCGGUUGCAACACUCACUACCGAGUUCCAAACUGCCUCUGGAAGCAACGUCAGCACAAUAACUGUUUGUCAGGAGCUUCAUCAAAUGGGUUUCCAUGGCCGAGCAGCCGCACACAAGCCUAAGAUCACCAUGCGCAAUGCCAAGUGUCGGCUGGUGGUGUAAAGCUCGCCGCCAUUGGACUGUGGAGCAGUGGAAAAGUGUUCUCUGGAGAGAUGAUUCACCAUCUGGCAGUCCGACGGACGAAUCUGGGUUUGGCAGAUGCCAGGAGAACACUACCUGCCCUAAUGCAUAGUGCCAACUCUAAAGUUUGGUGGAGGAGGAAUAAUUGUCUGGGGCUGUUUUUCAUGGUUCGGGCUAGGCCCCUUAGUUCCAGUGAAGGGAAAUGUUAACGCUACAGCAUACAAUGACAUUCUAGACGAUUCUGUGCUUCCAACUUUGUGACAACAAUUUGAGGAAGGCCCUUUCCUGUGCACAAAGCGAGGUCCAUACAGAAAUAGUUUGUCGAGAUCGGUGUGUGUAAGAACUUGACUGGCCUGCACAGAGCCCUGACCUCAACCCCAUCGAACACCUUGUGGCUAAAUGGAAGCAAGUCCCCGCAGCAAUGUUCCAACAUCUAGUGUAAAGCCUUCCCAGAAGAGUGGAAGCUGUUAUAGUAGCAAAAGGGGGAUCAACUCCAUAUUGAUGCCAAUGAUUUUGGAAUUAGAUAUUCGAUGAGCAGGUGUCCACAUACUUUUGGUCAUGUAGUGUAUCUCAGUCAUUCACAUCUCAUUACAGGUUAACCUGAAGGAUAUUAACUGAUUUGACUUGUGAUUAUUUACAAUAUCAGUACAGUGCCAUGUACCCAGCUGUUAUAUGGGCUGGGGCUAAUAAAACUUUAAAGUACUACUUAAGUAGUUUUUUUGAGUAUCUGUCCAUUACUAUUUAUAUUUUUGACUACUUUUACUUUUACUUCACUACAUUCCUAAAGAAAAUAAUGUACUUUUUACUCCAUACAUUUUCCGUGACACCCAAAAGUACUCGUUACAUUUUUUAUGCUUAGCAGGGCCAUGAAAAUGGUCCAAUUCACACACUUAUCAAGAGAACAUCCCUGGCCAUCCCUACCGCCUCUGAUCUGGCAGACUCACUAAACACAAAUGCUUUAUUUGUAAAUCAUGUCUGAGUGUUGGAGUCUGCCCAUGGCUAUCCGUAAAAUAUAUAUAUAUAAUAAUAAUUGUGCCGUCUGGUGUGCCUAAUAUAAUAAAUGAUUUAUACUUUUACUUUUGAUACUUAAGUAUAUUUUAGCAAUUACAUUUACUUUCGAUACUUUUAGACUUCUACUUAAGUAGUAUUUUACUGGGUGACUUUCACUUUUACUUGAGUCAUUUUCUAUUAUGGUAUCUUUACUUUUACUCAAGUAUGACAAUUGGGUACUUUUUCGACCACUGGGGGCUACUGAGUUCAUGCUCAGAGGGUCAUGAAGAACUCAUGUCAUGGCUGAUAAUGGCAGCAAUUCCACUUCUAAUUCUGAAGGUGGCGCCACAGCUAAACUUAACACGGAACUUCAGAGUAUUGUAAGUGCUGUAGUGCCCUGGUUAUGACACACAGUCAGAGUUCAUUUGUAUGAAUGCUUUUGCAUUAGGAAAUAUAUUAGGAAACUUAGGGAAAGAUAUGGCCUUAGAGAAGGUUGAAGUAUUAACUGGGGAUGUCAUCCUUGGAAAAUAAGCAUUACUGCAGUAGAAGGUGGAACUGGAUUUGUUAAGUACAUUACACAAUACCAACUUCUACCCAGCUUAAGAGUAAUGGUUUCUAUGAGGGGUUUUCCAUACAUUGAUUGAAUUUCAAGUCACUUCCUGAAUUGACUGAAUUUAAAAUGAAAUUUACCCCAAAUAUAAACUUCUAACAACUCUAUCUGAUAUACCAAGUGUCUCUUCUCUUUAGACAAGUCCCUGAGGAGACAGGGGGAGAUCUGGCAGAGAGAGGAGUCCCUGAGGAGACAGGAGGAGAUCUGGCAGAGAGAGGAGUCCCUGAGGAGACAGGAGGAGAUCUGGCAGAGAGACGAGUCCCUGAGGAGACAGGGGGAGAUCUGGCAGAGAGAGGAGUCCCUGAGGAGACAGGAGGAGAUCUGGCAGAGAGACGAGUCCCUGAGGAGACAGGGGAGAUCUGGCAGAGAGAGGAGUCCCUGAGGAGACAGGAGGAGAUCUGGCAGAGAGACGAGUCCCUGAGGAGACAGGGGGAGAUCUGGCAGAGAGAGGAGUCCCUGAGGAGACAGGAGGAGAUCUGGCAGAGAGACGAGUCCCUGAGGAGACAGGGGGAGAUCUGGCAGAGAGACGAGUCCCUGAGGAGACAGGAGGAUAUCUGGCAGAGAGACGAGUCCCUGAGGAGACAGGAGGAGAUCUGGCAGAGAGACGAGUCCCUGAGGAGACAGGAGGAGAUCUGACAGAGAGAGGAGGCCCUGAGGAGACAGGAGGAGAUCUGGCAGAGAGAGGAGGCCCUGAGGAGACAGGAGGAGAUCUGGCAGAGAGAUGAGUCCCUGAGGAGACAGGAGGAGAUCUGGCAGAGAGACGAGUCCCUGAGGAGACAGGAGGAGAUCUGGCAGAGAGAGGAGUCCCUGAGGAGACAGGAGGAGAUCUGGCAGAGAGAGGAGGCCCUGAGGAGACAGGAGGAGAUCUGGCAGAGAGACGAGUCCCCGAGGAGACAGGAGGAGAUCUGGCAGAGAGACGAGUCCCCGAGGAGACAGGAGGAGAUCUGGCAGAGAGAGGAGGCCCUGAGGAGACAGGAGGAGAUCUGGCAGAGAGACGAGUCCCCGAGGAGACAGGAGGAGAUCUGGCAGAGAGACGAGUCCCUGAGGAGACAGGAGGUGAUCUGGCAGAGAGAGGAGUCCCUGAGGAGACAGGAGGAGAUCUGGUAGAGAGACGAGUCCCUGAGGAGACAGGGGGAGAUCUGGCAGAGAGACGAGUCCCUGAGGAGACAGGAGGAGAUCUGGCAGAGAGACGAGUCCCUGAGGAGACAGGAGGAGAUCUGGCAGAGAGACGAGUCCCUGAGGAGACAGGAGGAGAUCUGGCAGAGAGAGGAGGCCCUGAGGAGACAGGAGGAGAUCUGGCAGAGAGAUGAGUCCCUGAGGAGACAGGAGGAGAUCUGGCAGAGAGACGAGUCCCUGAGGAGACAGGAGGAGAUCUGGCAGAGAGAGGAGGCCCUGAGGAGACAGGAGGAGAUCUGGCAGAGAGAGGAGUCCCUGAGGAGACAGGAGGGGAUCUGGCAGAGAGACGAGUCCCUGAGGAGACAGGGGGAGAUCUGGCAGAGAGACGAGUCCCUGAGGAGACAGGAGGAGAUCUGGCAGAGAGAGGAGGCCCUGAGGAGACAGGAGGAGAUCUGGCAGAGAGACGAGUCCCUGAGGAGACAGGAGGAGAUCUGGCAGAGAGAGGUGGAAGAGUCUCUGUCCUACUGCCGGUCUCCCUCCGGUCCAUCUUGCCUCUCCCGCCCCAAACACGUUGACUUCCUCAGGUUCACACCCCUGGGAGAAAAAAAUAUAUAUACACUCACUAACUGUAAGUCGCUCUGGAUAAGAACGUCUGCUAAAUUACUAAAAUGUCAAAUGUAAAUGGAAGAUGACAUCACGAGCGACUCGCCUUUCUCCCCACUGCGAGUGUGUGUCAAUGAUGUCGUAGACAUUUCCCUUAGAGGAGUGUGUCUUGAUGCCCCAUUGUUUUAGGGACACACAUGGCAAAAUGUAACAUAUGAAGAGUUUAUUUCCAAUUUUUCACAUUUGUGUUUUUUCAUCAGAAAUGAUUGUUUAUGGGUACCUUCAUGUGUCUGUAAAAUAUUAUUGUUCUCAGAUUUUUUAUUGUGUGUUUCGCAUGAUUGAAGAUAUUUUGAUGUGCAUCCUUAUCCAGUGAUUGUCAUGAAUGUUGGGUUGACAAUUAGACUGUAGUUGCUAUAUUUUACUGUCAAAGACUCAAUAAUGUGUUUUGUUCAACAGUAAUUAAUUACAUAACUUUUUUUAUUUUACCUGCUAAGUUGACUAGGAACACAUUCUAAUGUGCAGCAACGACCUGGGGAAUAGUUACAGGGAAUGAAUGAGCCAAUUGGAAGCUGGGGAUUAUUCGGUGGCCAGAUUGAGAAUUUAGCCAGGACACCGGGGUUAACACCCCUACUCCUACAAUAAGUGCCACGGGAUCUUUAGUGACAACAGAGAGUCAGGACACUUGUUUAACAUCCCAUCCGAAGACAGCACCCUACACAGGGCAAUGUCCCCAAUCACUGCCCUGGGAUCUUUUGUUUUUGACCGGAGGAAAGAGUGCCUCCUACUGGCCCUUAAAUACCACUUCCAGCAGCACUUCCAGAAACAUCUGGUCUCCCAUCCAGGGACCAACCCUUUUAGCUUCAGAGGCAAGCCAGCAGUAGGAUGCAGGGUGGUAUGCUGCACUAAUAUCACAUGCUUAUUAAUUUGGGAUACAACACCUGAGGAAGUGGAAACUCAAAACAUAUUAACUCUAAGUAGUUAUAAACCUAUAGGUCUUUGCCCUCGCAAUGGCUGGUGCACAUUUUGCGUCUGCGCUGUUCCAUAUCUCAAAGCCAUAUCAAAUAUAUUGGUUGUAAAAUAGUUGCUAUUGAGCUGAAUAUUGAGAGUUGAGAAAAAAAGAUUAUACUUACAGAAAGCUGAGAUCCUCCUCUCUUCGACAGGGUCAAGGGGACGAAGCUUCCAAAGCUGUGUUUUUCCCGCAAUUGCAUUUUGAAAUGUUUUUCUUUCUUCUGUUGAGCGCAUCGGGGUAGAGGAGAGUGGCUUGCUCAUCACAGCACCAGGCCACAGCGAAACAGGCAGAGGGGCUGGGCAGUCACUUUCAUUACAGGAAUCAUGAGAAUAAUGUACUUUACUGUUUGACCAAAUCAUGGUUUUAACUGCCCAAAAAAUAGGAAGGUUUGAUUGAGGUGACAAUGUGCUCUUUCUGUGUUUAUAGGCACCCUGUGUGUCAAUUUCCACCAGUCCACCCAACUAAAAAAUGGUACAGCCCAUCUGGCAUGUGCCAGAAUUGCCAGAUGGCCAAUCGGCCCCCGGAUCUCAUAAUACUUUACUGAUUCAUUUUUAAAAAAAUAUUAUUUUAUAUAUAUUGAUAUCACAAAUGUAUCAUUUGUACAGUUAUUUAUUAAAGUUAUUUGCUACAUUUAACUGUGUAAAACCUAGCAGUGCUACUUAUUUAUCUGAGAGUGUGGUGGAUAUACAGUGGGGAAAAAAAGUAUUUAGUCAGCCACCAAUUGUGCAAGUUCUCCCACUUAAAAAGUUGAGAGAGGCCUGUAAUUUUCAACAUAGAUUUCAACAAUCCAGAAAAUCACAUUGUAGGAGUUUUAAUGAAUUUAUUUGCAAAUUAUAGUGGAAAAUAAGUAUUUGGUCACCUACAAACAGGCAAGAUUUCUGGCUCUCACAGACCUGUAACUUAUUCUUUAAGAGGCUCCUCUGUCCUCCACUCGUUACCUGUAUUAAAGGCACCUGUUUGAACUUGUUAUCAGUAUAAAAGACACCUGUCCACAACCUCAAACAGUCACACUCCAAACUCCACUAUGGCCAACACCAAAGAGCUGUCAAAGGACACCAGAAACAAAAUUGUAGACCUGCACCAGGCUGGGAAGACUGAAUCUGCAAUAGGUAAGCAGCUUGGUUUGAAGAAAUCAACUGUGGGAGCAAUUAUUAGGAAAUGGAAGACAUACAAGACCACUGAUAAUCUCCCUCGAUCUGGGGCUCCACGCAAGAUCUCACCCUGUGGGGUCAAAAUGAUCACAAGAACGGUGGGCCAAAAUACCAGCAACAGUGUGUGAAAACCUUGUGAAGACUUACAGAAAACGUUUGAGCUGUGUCAUUGCCAACAAAGGGUAUAUAACAAAGUAUUAAGAAACUUUUGUUAUUGACCAAAUACUUAUUUUCCAUCAUAAUUUGCAAAUAAAUUCAUAAAAAAUCCUACAAUGUGAUUAUCUGGAUUUUCUUUUCUCAUUUUGUCUGUCAUAGUUGACGUGUACCUAUGAUGAAAAUUACAGGCCUCUCUCAUCUUUUUAAGUGGGAGAACUUACACAAUUGGUGGCUGACUAAAUACUUUUUUCCUCCACUGUAUAGUGUUUAAAAAAAAACAUGUUUAUUCAUCUCUCUGAAAUGAAACCAUCAAAUACAGUGUAUUUGGAAAAUAUUCAGACCCCUUCCCUUUUUCCACAUUUUGUAACGUUACAGCCUUAUUCUAAAAUUGAUUAAAUAAGUAAAAAUCCUCAUCAAUCUACACACAAUACCCCACAAUGACAAAGCGAAAACAGGUUUUUAGAUAUAUUUGCUAAUUUAUAAAAUAUUACAAACAGAAAUACCUUAUUUACAUAAGUAUUCAGACCCUUUGCAAUGAGACUUGAAAUUGAACUCAGGUGCAUCCUUUUUCCAUUGAUCAUCCUUGAGAUGUUUCUACAACUUGAUUGGAGUCCAACUGUGGUAAAUCCAAUUGAUUGGACAUGAUUUGGAAAGGCACACACCUGUCUAUAUAAGGUCCCGCAGUUGACAGUGCAUGUCAGAGCAAAAACCAAGCCAUGAGGUCGAAGGAAUUGUCCGUAGAGAUCCGAGACAGGAUUGUGUCGAGGCACAGAUCUGGGGAAGGGUACCAAUACAAUUCUGUAGCAUUCAAGGUCUCCAAGAACACAGCUGCCUCCAUCAUUCUUAAAUGGAAGAAGUUUGGAACCACCAAGACUCUUCCUAGAGCUGGCCGCCCGGCCAAACUGAGCAAUCGGCGGAGAAGGGCCUUGGUCAGGGAGGUGACCAAGAACCUGAUGGUCACUCUGACAGAGCUCCAGAGUUCCUCUGUGGAGAUGGGAGAACCUUCCAGACGGACAACCAUCUCUGCAGCACUCCACCAAUGAGGUAUUUAUGGUAGAGUGGCCAGACGGAUGCCACUCCUCAGUAAAAGGCACAUGACAGCCCGCUUGGAGUUUGCCAAAAGGCACCUAAAGGACUCUCAGACCAUGAGAAACAAGAUUCUCUGGUCUGAUGAAACCAAGAUUGAACUCUUUGGCCUGAAUGCCAAGCGUCACGUCUGGAGGAAACCUUGCACCACCCUACUGUGAAGCAUGGUGGUGGCAGCAUCAUGCAGUGGGGAUGUUUUUCAGCGGCAGGGACAUUGAGACUAGUCAGGAUCGAGGGAAAGAUGAACGGAGCAAAGUACAGAGAGACCCUUGAUGAAAACCUGCUCCAGAGCGCUCACAACCUCAGACUGGGGCGAAGGUUCACCUUCCAACAGGACAACGACCCUAAGCACACAGCCAAGACAUCACAGGAGUGGCUUCUGGACAAGUCUCUGAAUGUCCUUGAGUGGCCCAGCCAGAGCCCGGACUUGAACUGAUCGAACAUCUCUGGAGAGACGUGAAAAUAGCUGUGCAGAGACGUGAAAAUAGCUGUGCAGCGACGCUCCCCAUCCAACCUGACAGAGCUUGAGAGGAUCUGCAGAGGAGAAUGGGAGAAACUCCCCAAAUACAGGUGUGCCAAGCUUGUAGCGUCAUACCCAAGAAGAAUGUAGGCUGUAAUCACUGCCAAAGGUGAUUCCACAAAGUACUGAGUAAAGGGUCUGAAUACUUAUGUAAAUGUCAUAUUUCCAUUUUUUUAAUCUGUAACACAUUUGCAAAAAUGUCUAAAAACCUGUUUUUGCUUCGUCAUUAUGGGGUAUUGUGUGUAGAUUGAUGAGGGAAAAAAACGAUUUAAUCCAUUUUAGAAUAAGGCAUCAAAAGAGAUCUAUUGAAUCUGUAUAGGUGAUUUGUGUGAACUGAGGAGGUAGAACUUAUUACCCCCAUCACUGCUGAAUAGUUUUGUGUGUGCAUGGGCGCAAAUGUGUGUGUGUGUGUUUGUGUGUGUGUGUGUGUGUGUGUGUGUGUGUUGAGUGGGUUUGUGCUAGCCACCAGCUAUCUUCCUAGCAGCUACCCGUUGACAGGCGCCUGGUCUGUUUAAGCAGGGUGGGGUGUUGUUGGUCUGCUCUGUACCUGUCACACCAAGUAAACCAGUUAUUUAUAGUUAUAUCAAUGGCCCUGUCUGUCUCUAGAGUAACCCUGUUAACCUCUCAAUGGCCAUGUCUGUCUCUAGAGUAACCCUGUUAACCUCUCAAUGGCCAUGUCUGUCUCUAGAGUAACCCAGUUAACCUCUCAAUGGCCAUGUCUGUCUCUAGAGUAACCCAGUUAACCUCUCAAUGGCCAUGUCUGUCUCUAGAGUAACCCAGUUAACCUCUCAAUGGCCAUGUCUGUCUCUAGAGUAACCCAGUUAACCUCUCAAUGGCCAUGUCUGUCUCUAGAGUAACUAAUGAAGUAACUUUAAAUGCUACGUCAUUCGUAGUAGAGUACAAUGUUUGUUAGGUUUGGAGUCUGGCUGGUUAAAACAUUAGAGUGACCGAUGGUGAGGGCCCGAAAAUCUGCGCCAAAGUUUUAGCAAUAGACAAGACCCACUAACACACACUAACUCAUUGACUUUGAACCGUAAACCUCUUUCUCCUAUGAAUCCCUUAUGACUAAGGUAUCUUAGUGGUUAAGAGUGUUGGGCCAGUAACCGAAAGGUCGUUGAUACGAAUCCCCGAGCUGACUGGGUGAAAAAUCUGUCAAUGUGCCCUUGAGCGAGGCACUUAACCCUAAUUGCUCUGGAUAAGAGCAUCUGCUAAAUGACUAAAAUGCCAUUAAAAGCCUAAUCAUCAGCAAUAUUACAAUCUGGGCUGGGCAGAAACCUUAGAGACUAUACUGUAAGUCUCAACCCAAGUUACAUAAUGAAUACUGUAUGAAUUUGACCUGCAAAUAAAGAUGCCAAAUUAAAUAAGUAUGGGAACUGAUACAUAGAAAUUAGGUGCCUUUUCAAGUACAAUUGACUGCUACUACAUAUGUUUUUUGAUCAUUUAGCAGAUACUCUUAUCCAGAGUGACUUACGGGAGCAAUUAGGGUCAAGUGCCUUGCUCAAGGGCACAACAACAGAUUUUUCACCUUGUCGGCUCGGGGAUUCAAACCAGCUACCUUUCGGUCACUGGCCCGACGCUCUAACCGCUAGGCUACCUGCACAUACCUACCAUAAUAUGUACUUUGUAAUUGAUUGUGUCCAUUUCACAUAGCUCUUAAACGUUUCUAUUCACAACUCCUUUCUACCUUUUAUAUUACCAUGUAAGAAAACGAUAGUAACUUUCCAUGGAAAUGACUCAUCAGUAAAUAAGAUUGAAAGAGUAAGCAUUGUAGGUGACUAAGCAGCUGAUUAGUGUUGUGUCGGUCAGUUCACAGGAGAGUUUGUGAAGACCUCCACAUCUACUUUUUCUAUAGGCUACCACUCCUGAGUUCUGGGAGAAAUAAUUAUCUCUCUACUCCGCAGUCCAAUUAAGCUUUGUCGAUGAAUUGAGAAACAAAGUGGAUGUGUGUUAGAUCCAGCCAUACGUGAAGGAGUACAAUGGAAGUUGAAUAGAAUAGCUCACCAGAAUACAUCUCCUACUCCGGUUCCUACUGCCCCAGCCUUGUUUACCCUACAAUCAGUCAGCCAGUCAGUCAGUCAGUCAAUCUGGGUGUGGUGUUCUGUGCUGUACUGUUGUCUGGGUGGACACCAGAGUACCACUCCAAAGCGGAACUCUUAGGGUGUGUAGUCUGAUUCACUCUAAUAUUGUGGCUGCUACUGCUGAGACAGAGUCUUCGGUGAAGAGGAAAAGGAAGAACAGGCUGGAGAGUUGGAAGUCUGAUACAGUCUACUCCUGGGAAAGAGUGUUUCUUCAGUGAGAGAAGAACAGGCUGGAGAGUUGGAAGGGGAGGACUGCUAACGUCUACUGCAGGGAAGGAUUGUCUUUAGUGAGAGAAGGAAGAAGGAUAAGCCUCAGGGUUUGUAGUGGAGGAGAGGACCAGACCAACUGUCUGAUACUGUGGUCUGAUAAUGCGGCUAACAGACUGUCUUCAGUGAAGAGAGAAGGAGAAGAGUGGAUGAGGUCUGCUACAGUCUGCUACAGCCUAGUUGGAGAAAAAGCUAGAGGGAUCUGAACAGAAAGACAGAGGGAUCUGAACAGAAGACAGAGGGAUCUGAACAGAAGACAGGGAUCUGAACAGAAGACAGAGGGAUCUGAACAGAAGAAGACAGGGGGAUCUGAACAGAAGAAGACAGGGGGAUCUGAACAGAAGACAGGGAUGUGAACAGAAGACAGGGAUCUGAACAGAAGACAGGGAUCUGAACAGAGAAGGAGAAGAUGAGACUGGUGAUAGAGUUUUUAUUAAAGCUAAAUGGUAGAGCUCAAAUCUCUUUGGAGCGUUGCCUUUUUUCUAGUACUUUCUGAAUGUGUUGCAAAAAAGUACUGGUAACUACCUUCAGGACUAAGUACUGCUUCUGGUUACUUUUUCCAUGCUGAUGUUUCUUCCCCACAAAUAUAUAUUUGGGUGGCAUGUGGUAUCCCCAUUAACACCUUCACAUUUUAGAGGACUUAUCAAAUAAUAUAACUACUCAAACUUCCAUCAACCGUUACAGUGGCUACAAAAAAGAGGAAUAUCGGUUUUAAUUUUGUUUUUGUGGAUUGAGAUGCCUUUCUUAUUGUUCUAGUUCUUCUCCUCUUGAGCAGAAGCAGCGUGUGUUUCUGACGGUGCACGGACGUACUCUUUCCUGUCAACACUGAGUGGCCAUUUUGUGUUGGACCAACACAGCAUUACCUGGAUUGGAGACAGAUUAAAGUACAUUACAUGCAUUAAAGUGAACGGUGUGUGGUGAGAUCGCUGGAUAUGCGUUUGGACCUGAAUCGUAUUAGUUAUGAUACAUUUUUUGAUGAUUUAAACCUGGAUAAAGAUCUCAACCAUGGACGGAGUAAACAUGAAUGCUAACGGCAACACUGAUGGUGCUCAGGGGAAGGCCUCUUCCAACAGGUUCUCCACCAUCUUCACCCUCUCCGACCGGUCCGAGUCCCAACGGCCUGAUGACGAGACGGCGGUCCUGAAGUUCUUCCGGACUCUCUCUGAAGAGACAGACAUUUCUCCUGGGAACAUCAACAGCAGUCAUGGAACAUCUGUUGAAGUCAAUGGAAAUGAGAGGACAGAAGGAGGGGAUUCAAGUGUAGUCGGUGUUGUGCAGACGAAUGGAGAAUCCACCACCCCCACCACAGUUGUACGGGCCAAUGAGAGAGAGGAAGUAUGUGGAACAGAGGGAUGCAUGGAAGUGGAGUCUGUAGAUGGAAUGUCACCAGGGAUUAGUUGUUCUGUGGAAUGUGACAGGAAUGGAGGUCUGGCUCAAUGGAUUCCAGAAGCACAGAGUGACAUCAUGGACUCAGAGGAGGAAGAUGCAAAUGGAAACGGUCUUGUUCAGUCAGAAGACUACAUUGCAGAUAAGAAGCCCCAUUUACAAGGAUAUAGUGGGUCAACAGACCAAUCGGAUGACUGCAUUCCAGAAAGGACAUCUCACUUACAAGGAUAUGCGGGGCCAAUGGAUUCUUUAACAAAUGAACCGAGAGUGUCCAUAGACAAACAUAGGAACAGUGGCUCGUCUGAAGACUGCAGUAGGGAGGAGCCUAUAGACACUGACACACAGUGUGCUACAGACAGCACCAAUCAGGACGUAGCCUCCGACUGUCCCAGUACAGACCAGUCAGAGACAACUGACCAGCAACGUCUGUACAGAUCCACAGACAACAUUCAUCAAGAUAUGUUAAAAAGUAAUGAAAUCAGUAACACCGAUGAGAAAGACACAGCCAAGGAUGUUCGCAACAACACAGAUGAAUCUACAGACAAGCACAACAGACUGGCUUGGUUAACAGACAGUGAAACCAAUCCAACAGGCAGCAGUAAACAGGAAAAAUCUACAGAUGAUAAACAUAGCCAAGACUUACCAACACCUGAUGAUGAUGUGGCCAGAGACCUUGCUAACCCCUCUGCAGUAAGAGCUGGUAAACCUGACACUAGUGGAACACCAUCUUCAAACAACAGAACCGUGGUUCUAACCAUGACCAGGACUGAACCUGUUUCUGAGGAGCAGCAGCAUACAGCCGCUGAAACUGAGACUGUUGUUGGGACUACAGGACAGACUGAGGAGCCAGCAUGUGGGUCUAGCGUUGAGGUGGAAGAGAGAGGGGAGACCUACCCAGACUCAGAUUCAGACAGUCUCACUGGGGCAGUAGUGGAGACUGGAGAGACCGAUACUGGGAAUGACAGGGUGGUGUCUUGGAGAGACAGUCCUGGAGAGACCGAUACUGGGAAUGACAGGGUGGUGUCUUGGAGAGACAGUCCUGGAGAGACCGAUACUGGGAAUGACAGGGUGGUGUCUUGGAGAGACAGUCCUGGAGAGACCGAUACUGGGAAUGAUAGGGUGGUGUCUUGGAGAGACAGUCCUGGAGAGACCGAUACUGGGAAUGAUAGGGUGGUGUCUUGGAGAGACAGUCCUGGAGAGACCGAUACUGGGAAUGAUAGGGUGGUGUCUUGGAGAGACAGUCCUGGAGAGACCGAUACUGGGAAUGAUAGGGUGGUGUCUUGUACUUCUGAAGCUAUGCUGUCCUCUGAAGUGAUAGAGAGAAGCCCUGGAGAGACAGAGUCUACAGCCGGGCCUUCUCACCCAACAAGUCCCAAGGGGCCAACCCCACCCCCAGGUCCAACCAGUGGCCCUCCCCCUGGCACCACCUCCACCAGAGCCACCUUCUCCCUCGGUUACCCAGUGGAGAAGCCCCUCCAGCUGCCUGCCCUCUUCAGUGGCCUGAGGAUCCUAAAGAAGGGAGCGACGGGGCCGGAUCAGGACAUAGUGGCCCUGAUCAAACCACCGUCACCAUCAGGCCUGGGUGUGGACAAGCCUGUGAGGAGAGAGCAGAGGACGGUUCGCAGGAGGCAGGGGAGCAUCUUGGACCAGCUCUCCCAGUUCCUGAACAUGGAGAAGGAUGAUAACAGUAAGACGAAGGAGUCUACAGGAGAGGAGAGGAGGGAGUCUACGGGAGAGGAGAGGAGGAGGUCUACAGGAGAGGAGAGGAGGCAGUCUACAGGAGAGGAGAGGGGGGAGUCUACAGGAGAGGAGAGGAGGCGGUCUACAGGAGAGGAGAGGAGGGAGUCCGAGCCAUCAGAAGAGUCUAAAGAAGUGAGUGUUGAACCUGAGGAAAAGAAAGAGAAUAUAAAAGAGGGAGGAGAAGGGCAGAAAACUGGAGAGGAGGAAGAGAAGACUGAAGGUCCGUCUGUGAUAAAGCCUCCGGAAUCUUCAGAACCUUCGGAGCCUCUAGAACCCUCAGAACUUAAGGAACCUCAGAAGCCUGCUCCCUCCAGUGCGGAGGCAGCGUUUGAUGCGUUCAAGGCCUUUUUCGUCCCCAGGCACCUGAGGGGGGACCAGGAGGCAGUGAAGAGGAAGGCCUGGAUCUUUGAGAGAACCUUCAAGACUCCUGAAAAGAAAACUGAUUCAAAAGUAUGUUGUCUUGCUCUGACCAUGAUAUCUCUCUAUCGUCUGAUAUGAGUGAAUGGGUAAUCAGUUGGAACGUUAUUUAACGUUGUUGGAACGUUCCUUAAUGUUGUAGGAACUUUCACGGUUUGCUGGGACAUUCAUUUAUGUAUUUAGCGCUUAAUGCCUGAAUAGAGAAUGUCUUUAAAUAUGUUCCUAUUAUUGUGUCUCUGCCCCCCCCCCCCAGUCGCAGGCAUCGACCCUAGGUGAUGGAGAGGACCGGUCCACCCCAGGCCGUCUGCAGGCCAUCUGGCCCCCAACUAAGGAGGAGAAAGUGGGACUGAAAUACACAGAAGCCGGUAAGGACCCAAAGGACAAAAAACUACUUAUAGUAAACAAAUAUUCACCAUGGCUGGAACCCUACAGUAACUUGAGGUAUCUCUGAUUAUAUAACAUAUUUAAUGAUGUCAAAGAGAUUUGCAUGGACAUUCUAGUUCUAUGUACAGAUCUUAAGUUAGGAUUCAGCCCUUGACGUUGACCCAUGCAGCCAGCCAGGCCAGCUCCUUGCUGUGACUAACUGAGCUCUGUGGGUUCAAUUCCAUUUUAAUUCCAGGCAAAUUCCAAUUUCACUGGAAUGGAAUCAACCCUGUCUGAAAGUUACAGUAUAUAAUGGAGAGAGAGAGCAAGAGAGAGAGAGAGAGAUUUCUAUGUAGUAAAUGUAUAAUCCCAUGGUCUAAUGGGAAGGUAAAUACUCCUCCACCCUGUGCCUGUGAUUGUCCACAGCAGAAGGCUGCCUAGUCUCCAGAUGACUGAUGUCACAAGGGCAUUGUUUUCAGACAGGGCUGUGUGUACGGUGGUGCCAGGAACUGUUCCAUUCACUUCUUAAAUUCUGAUCUGAUAACACAUCAGGUGUGUUUGGCAAGGGCCGCUCCCUGUGCUCACACAGGCACCAGCUGAUGAUCAAUUAAAUAUACAUCUAUAAAUGGUUCUCAUGAGUGUGUUUAGGAGAACACAUAUAAAGAUGUACGGUAAUUUUGGAGAAUCUCUUAUAAAAUGGGUCAAAAUCAUGUAUUGUAACCCUAGGUGUAAAAUAGUAAAUAAUGGCUAUUUCUCAGAAAGUUUUAAACUGUCCAGAGGAGUGAAACAAGGUUAUCCACUAUCGGCAUAUCUAUUUAUUGUGGCCAUCGAGAUGUUAGCUAUUCAAAUCAGAUCCAACAAUAGUAUCAGGGGAUUAGAAAUCCAGGGCUUAAAAACAAAGGUGUCAUUGUACGCUGAUGAUUCAUGUUUUCUUUUAAAUCCACAACUAGAAUCCCUCCACAGCCUCAUAGAGGAUCUAGAUACAUUUUCUAACAUCUCUGGAUUACAACCAAAUUAUGACAAAUGUACUAUAUUACGUAUUGGAUCACUAAAAAAUACAAUUUUUACAUUACCAUGUAGUUUACCAAUAAAAUGGUCUGAUGGUGAUGUGGAUAUACUCGGAAUACAUAUCCCAAAGGAAAUAAAUGAUCUCACUUCAAUACAUUUUUAUAAAAAAUUAGCAAAAAUAGAAAAGAUCUUGCUACCAUGGAAAGGUAAAUUUAAUUUAAAUAUGCCAUUUAGCAGACGCUUUUAUCCAAAGCGACUUACAGUCAUGCGUGCAUACAUUUUUUUUUGUGUAUGGGUGGUCCCGGGGAUCAAACCCACUACCUUGGCGUUACAAGCGCCGUGCUCUACCAGCUGAGCUACCUGUCCAUUUGUGGAAAAAUCACCCUGAUUAACUCUUUAGUAUUAUCCCAGUUUACCUAUUUGCUUAUGGUCUUGCCUACGCCUAGCGAACAUUUUUUUAAAUUAUAUGAGAAAAAAAUAUUCAAUUUUAUUUGGAACGGCAAGCCAGACAAAAUUAAACGGGCCUAUUUAUAUAAUGAAUAUGAAUUCGGAGGACAGAAAUUAUUAAAUAUUAAAGCAUUAGACCUAUCACUAAAAGCUUCAGUCAUACAAAAGUUAUACUUAAAUCCGAACUGGUUCUCUAGCAAAUUAGUAAGAUUGUCUCACCCAAUGUUCAAGAAUGGCCUUUUUCCCUUUAUUCAGAUUACAACCUCUCACUUUCAGUUAUUUGAAAAGGAAAUCAUCUCCCAAAUAUCACUAUUUCUAAAACAAGCCAUAGAUAGUUGGUUGCAACUUCAAUUUAAUCAUCCAGAAACGACAGAACAAAUAAGGCAACACAUAUUGUGGUUAAACUCAAAUAUACUAAUUGACCAAAAAAAAAAAAAAUUUGACUAAAUGUUUAAAAAAGGUAUAAUCUUCAUAAAUGAUAUCAUCGGUAGAACUGGUGGAGUUAUGUCUCACAUGCAGCUAACAAAAACAUAUGGAAAUGUCUGCUCUACCCAAAAUUACAACCAAAUAAUUGCAGCCUUACCGCAAAAAUGGAAGAGGAAAGUGGAAGGGGGAGAAAGUAAGGAAUUUGUCUGUCGGCCUUGCAUUAAAGAACAUAAUUGGUUAAGGAAAACUGUGAUAAAUAAAAAAGUAUACCAGUUUCAUUUAAGGACCAAAGGAUUGACAGCCGUCCCAUAUAGAUUGCAAAAUAGUUGGGAAGAGAUUUUUGACGUACCAAUCCCAUGGCAUAGUGUUUAUGAACUGAUACGCAAAACGACACCGGAUUCAAAACUUAGAAUCUUUCAAUUUAAAUUAUUAUAUAAAAUUCUUGCUACCAAUAGAAUGUUAUUUAUAUGGGGGAUACAAUCUUCCCAGCUCUGCAGAAUUUUAUAAGAGACAGAAUCAUUUGUUUUGGUACUGUCCAUUUGUAGCUUGUUUUUGGACACAGGUCCAGGAAUGGCUAAAGGAUUGCAAUAUUUACCUGGAGCUAACCCUGCAGAUAGCAUUACUGGGUGAUCUGAAAAGUCAUAGUCAAUCGAUCAAUAAUAUAAUAAUACUUUUAGCAAAAAAAAAUAUUUUCAAUUCACAAUCUGUAGAAACAAUGAGAAUAGAAAGGUUCAGAAUUUUUGUAAAACAUCACAGUACAGUUGAAAAAUAUAUGGCAAAUAGAAAUCCUAUAUGGAUGGUGUUAAGAGAUAAAUGGGAGGUGUUGAAUGGAGUUGAAGGAUGGGACUAAUAACAACUAACAACGAAUAAUAACAAGAUAACUAAUCAUUUAAGCAUACUGUGUCCAUAAUAAAUAAUAAGUAUAUAGGUUGUAGGUUGGGAGCUUUUGUGGAAGAGCACAGUUAGAAAGAUAUGGCAUAUAGAAGCAAACCGGAUGGACAUCAUGAAAAUGAUCGGAGGUUGAGAGUAGAAGAAGUUCAGGAGAAAAAACAAACAAAAUAUAAUUAUUGUAAAAUUGACUGUGUCCAUAAAAUGUAGAUAGUAAGUAUAAGCUGGAAGUAGAGGCCUAAGCAUUGUUGUUCACUAGUUUACUCCAAGUGGGGAAAGGGUGGUGGGGUUGGAAAGUAAUAAUAUAAUAAUAAACCAUUUAGCAGACGCUUUUAUCCAAAGGGACUUACAGUCAUGUGUGCAUACAUUUUUACAUAUGGGUGGUCCCGGGGAUUGAACCCACUACCCUGGCGUUACAAGCGCCAUGCUCUACCAACUGAGCUACAGAGGACAUUUACAGAGGACCACAGGGGAGUAUAUAUUUUUUAAGGAUAUGUAUGCGUAUGUAUGUAUGUAUGUAUGUAUAUGUGUAUGUGUAUAUAUAUAUAUGUAUAUAUAUAUAUGUAUAUAUAUAUAUAUAUAUAUAUAUAUAUGUGUAUAUAUAUAUAUAUAUAUGUAUAUAUAUAUAUAUAUACAUAUGUAUAUACAAUCCCCCAUGUUUAUAUAUAUAUAUAAACAUGGGGGAUUGGAAGAGAUGCAGACAAUUACAUUGAUGGAAGUUACAAUCUAUCUCCAAUAUUAAGCCGAUCUACCCCCUUAAAAGGAAAAAAUAAAAGGAAAAAUAAUAACCUCCUGAGUGGCGCAGUGGUCUAGCUGUUCCACUAGAGAUCCUGGUUCGAAUCCAGGCUCUGUCGUAGCCGGCCGCGACCGGGAGACCCAUGGGGCGGCGCACAAUUGGCCCAGCGUCUCCAGGGUAGGGGAGGGAAUGGCCGGCAGGUAUGUAGCUCAGUUGGUAGAGCAUGGCGUUUGCAACGCCAGGGUUGUGGGUUAGUUUCCCAUGGGGGGCCAGUAUGAAAAAAAUCUUAAAUAAUAAUGUAUGCGCUAACUGCAAGUCGCUCUGGAUAAGAGCGUCUGCUAAAUGACGUAAUGUAAUAAUAAAAAAAGAGAAGAUUUUGAAAGAAAUGUAUGGUAACAAUAGGGAAUGUAUUUUUAGAUUAUAGAGAUUUACUGCCACCUUGUGGUUCAGUUGUAUAUUUCAUCACGGUCUGCUUGUCCUCCAGAACACCAGGCAGCCCUCCUGCAGCUGAAGAGAGAAUGCAAAGAGGAGCUGGAGAAGACACAGGUCAGUAAAGCACAGUACUACACCUCCUUUAAUACCUGUGACCCAGACAGAUUUAGCCACAGACCUGUAGGUCAUACAGCUGGUCUUACACUUCCUUUACACAACCCUAUCACAACUCUUAUACAACCCUAACACAACCUUAACCCUAACACAGUCCUAACACAACCCUAUCACAACUCUUAUACAACCCUAACACAACCUUAACCCUAACACAACCUUAACCCUAACACAACCCUAACCCUAAUACAGUCCUAACACAACCCUAUCACAACUCUUACACAACCCUAACACAACCCUAACGUUAACUGCAGGAGGACUUUGGGAAGCAGCUGCGCCAGAUGAGAGGGGACAAUGAGGAGUGUGUAUUCCGCCUGGAGUGCACCCUGGCCCGGCUACAGAGCGACCUAGCCCUGGGUGCCCACCACCGCCGUGGAGACCUCCGAGACGUGGCCGUAUCCACGGGAGAUGACCUCUCACCCCGGACCGUCCGCACCGUGUGCGUUCAGACAGACCGCCAGACCUUUAUCAGCACCCCUGAGGAUCAGGAGGGAGGUGUCAGUCUGUGUCUGAGCCCCCAACCCCCCCUCAACGUGCCUAAGAGACUGGACCUGGCUUCUAUCAGUCUAAAUCUGUCUGGACAGGCUACCUCUCCCUCUUCUCCCUCCUCUCCCUCUUCUUCCCCCCUUCUUCUCCCUCCUCCUCCUCCACUCCCACUAUCAGAACCACUUCUUCAAGCGUUUUCAUCAGGCAACCUAGCCCCACCUCCUCCUCUACCUCCUCCUCCUUUCCCAAACCAGACCCAGGGACUUGACGGCCCUCCUCCAACCCGACCACCAGGCUGUGGUCCCCCUCCCCCUCCACCACCACCAGGCUGUGGUCCCCCUCCCCCUCCACCACCACCAGGCUGUGGUCCCCCUCCCCCUCCACCACCACCAGGCUGUGGUCCCCCUCCCCCUCCACCACCACCAGGCUGUGGUCCCCCUCCCCCUCCAGGGGGUCUUAACCUCAGUGUGUUGGUGGAUAAAUGCCACAGGAAGCCUGCUGUGGAACCAGCCUGUCCCAUGAAGCCUCUCUACUGGACCAGGAUACAGAUACAGGACAACAAGUAUGUGUUACACCUAACAAUCAAUCAAUCACUCAAUCAAUCAAUUAGUCAAAGUUUUAUUUUUCUUGUACAAGGUAACAAAAUCAGUAUUGCUCUUCCAUUUUUACAUUGUAAUCGCCAUUGUAAAGUUGUUCUUUUUUACUUUGCAAAACAAAACAGACAAACUACUGAUCCCACCCACCUCGAUGUUCACACUUAUCUCUGAUCCCGACCCAACCCGAUGUUCACACUUAUCGCUGAUCCCGACCCACCCCGAUGUUCACACAUAUCGCUGAUCCCGACCCACCCCGAUGUUCACACUUAUCGCUGAUCCCGACCCACCCCGAUGUUCACACUUAUCGCUGAUCCCGACCCACCCCGAUGUUCACACUUAUCGCUGAUCCCGACCCACCUCGAUGUUCACACUAAUCACUGAUCCCGACCCACCCCGAUGUUCACAUUUAUCGCUGAUCCCGACCCACCCCGAUGUUCACACAUAUCGCUGAUCCCGACCCACCCCGAUGUUCACACUUAUCGCUGAUCCCGACCCACCCCGAUGUUCACACAUAUCGCUGAUCCCGACCCACCCUGAUGUUCACACUUAUCGCUGAUCCCGACCCACCCUGAUGUUCACACAUAUCGCUGAUCCCGACCCACCCCGAUGUUCACACUUAUCGCUGAUCCCGACCCACCCCGAUGUUCACACUUAUCGCUGAUCCCGACCCACCCCGAUGUUCACACAUAUCGCUGAUCCCGACCCACCCCGAUGUUCACACUUAUCGCUGAUCCCGACCCACCCCGAUGUUCACACAUAUCGCUGAUCCCGACCCACCCCGAUGUUCACACUUAUCGCUGAUCCCGACCCACCCCGAUGUUCACACCUAUCGCUGAUCCCGACCCACCCCGAUGUUCACACUUAUCGCUGAUCCCGACCCACCCCGAUGUUCACACUUAUCGCUGAUCCCGACCCACCCCGAUGUUUACACAUAUCGCUGAUCCCGACCCACCCCGAUGUUCACACAUAUCGCUGAUCCCGACCCACCCCGAUGUUCACACAUAUCGCUGAUCCCGACCCACCCCGAUGUUCACACAUAUCACUGAUCCCGACCCACCCCGAUGUUCACACAUAUCGCUUUUCAAUAUUUGGACACACCACAGGACAGUCUAAAAUAAUUAUAAUCAAAAGAAGCAGAAGCAGAUCUCUGUACUGUUGCACUGUAAUCCGAAACCUUUUGAACGUUCUUGUUCCCUCUCACAGCUCUCCAUCCAGCCAAUGUAGACAACCGCAAACUGUUAUGUUAUGAGCGUGGCUCUGUUAAAUAGCUGUGUGCUCAACACCAACAGCCCCUCUGGAUGGUCUUUCAUCCUGGUGGCCAGAGAGAAAGGAGAGAGGAAAUAGCAUAACAUUUGUUGCGGCCAAAUAUAUUGUCACCCUUGCACUUUUCUUAAAUAGUUCCCUAUUUCUUCAAAAAAGUGAGUUGAAAUUGAAGAACACUUUUGGUCUCCACACCUUGUUAUUAGAUUUUCAAAAUUGUAGAACCAAUUUUAUUUUUGUAAACUUUAGAUUUAAAUUGUUUAUUUAGAAAAUAAAGACAAAUGGCAUGGACGAAAUUAUUGGCACCCUGGAGCUAGUACUUGGUUGCACAGCCUUUGGCCAAGAUAACUGCAGACAGCACUUAUUGUAGCCAUCAAUAAGCUCCCUACACCUUUCUACUAGCAGUUUGGCCCACACUUGAGCAGCAAACUGCUCUAAUUCUUUUGAGAGGUACCCUCCACCAAUUGCUGUUUUCAGAUCUCGCCAUAGGUUUUAGUUGUGAUUCAGAUCUGGACUUCACUGGCCACUCCAGAACAGUCCAGCGUUUCUUAUUGAACCAUUCCUGGGUGCUUUUUAAUGUGUGAUUGGGGUUGUUGUCCUGCUGGAAGAUCCACAACCUUCAACAGAGACACAGUAUUUGGACACUGGGUUGAACAUUGCACUCCAAAAAACCUUAAUAAUCUGCUUCUAAAUUAAAAUUGUGAACUUGGUUCUGCAAUGUUGACAAUCCAAUAACAAGGUGUGGAGACCAAACAUUUGUUUCAAUUUCAACUUAUUUGAGAAGAAAUAGGGAAUUAUUUAAGAAAAGUGCAAGGGUGCCAAUAUAUUUGGCCACAAUUCUUAAACACAUCAAUAUGUAUAGAUUUGAUCUAGACUGAUGCACAUACAGUUAUCUCUCUCUCUCUCUCUCUCUCUCUCUCUCUCUCUCUCUCUCUCUCUCUCUCUCUCGCUCUCUCUCUCUCUCUCUAUCUCUCUCUCUCUCUCUCUCUCUCUCUCUAUCUCUCUCUCUCUCUCUCUCUCUCUCUCUCUCUCUCUCUCUCUCUCUCUCUCUCCUUUCUCAGUAAGGACACACUGUGGAACUCUCUUGAGGAGCUAGACAUCAUCAACACCACAGAGUUUGAAGACCUGUUCUCAAAGACCACCAUACAGACCAAGAGAAAACCUCUGGCAGAGGCCUAUGAGAUGAAAGCCAAGGCCAAGAAGGUACAGUAAGGCACCUCCCUGAUUCAGAGGGGUUGGGUUAAAUGCAGAAGACACAUUUCGGUUGAAUGGAUUCAGUUGUGCAGCUGACUAGGUUUCCCCUUUCCCUAUGUAGCACAAUAUGGAAUGUUAAUGUGUAUGUUGACCUCUAGAGGGGGCUGAUGUCUGUGGAUUUACAGUAGCUGAAAUGUAGCCUGGAAAAUCCACACUGAAUUCAGUUCCACUACUGUUUCAUGUUUUUCACAAAAUUAAUUAUGAAUUCAGUUUUGAUUCCCAGGCUAGUUGAAGCUAAGGUUGUAGUCCAAAAUAUGAUGUAUUCAUGUUUUUAUUUCUGGAUGCCCAAACAUGCCUGUGCAUUUGCUCCUGGAAUUAACAUGAUAGUUCUGGAUGUGAACAUUAUUCUUUCACUAACAAUGAUGUGAAAACAUGAAGCUGGAGAGUAAUUUAAUAACUUUUGCUCCAGAAACCUGAUCAGAAAAUGUUUGUUUAAAAAUGAGUUGAUGAAGUCCCAUGGUCAUCUAUCUACAGUAUAGUCAGCCAUGAUAAAGUCUCAAUGGUCAUCUAUCUACAGUCAGCCAUGAUGAAGUCUCCAUGGUCAUCUAUCUACAGUCAGCCAUGAUGAAGUCUCCAUGGUCAUCUAUCUACAGUCAGCCAUGAUGAAGUCUCAAUGGUCAUUUAUCUAUAGUCAGCCAUGAUGAAGUCUACAUGGUCAUCUAUCUAUAGUCAGCCAUGAUACAUGAUGAAGUCUCCAUGGUCAUAUAUCUACAGUCAGCCAUGAUGAAGUCUCUUUAAUGGUCAUCUAUCUACAGUCAGCCAUGAUGAAGUCUCUUUUAUGGUCAUCUAUCUACAGUCAGCCAUGAUACAUGAUGAAGUCUCCAUGGUCAUCUAUCUACAGUCAGCCAUGAUGAAGUCUCCAUGGUCAUCUAUCUAUAGUCAGCCAUGAUGAAGUCUCCAUGGUCAUCUAUCUACAGUUAGCCAUGAUGAAGUCUCCAUGGUCAUCUAUCUACAGUCAGCCAUAAUGAAGUCUCCAUGGUCAUCUAUCUACAGUCAGCCAUAAUGAAGUCCCCAUGGUCAUCUAUCUACAGUCAGCCAUGAUGAAGUCCCCAUGGUCAUCUAUCUACAGUCAGCCAUAAUGAAGUCUCCAUGGUCAUCUAUCUACAGUCAACCAUAAUGAAGUCUCCAUGGUCAUCUAUCUACAGUCAACCAUAAUGAAGUCUCCAUGGUCAUCUAUCUACAGUCAGCCAUGAUACAUGUAAAAGUACAUUCUUACAGCUACAGCUCUGGCUAUUAAUUAAGUGUACUGUACACCAUGUUAUGACCUUCGCUGUGCUUUACCUCUUUUGACUAGCUUAUAUUCUCCAUCAGAGAGAGAGAGAGAGAGAGAGAGGGAGGGGGGAGACAAGAGAAAGAUAGAAAGAGAGAGGGGUUGGUGAGAGAGGAGAGAGAGAGAGAGGAGAGAGAGAGAGAGCGAGAGAGAGAGAGAGAGAGAGAGAGAGAGAGAGACAAAGAGAGAGACAAAGAGAGAGGGGUGGAGACAAGAGAAAGAUAGAGGUUGUGGAGAGAGAGGAGGAAGGAGAGAGAGAGAGAGGAGAGAGAGGGGGGGCGGGAGGGAGACAAGAAGGAGCGAAAGAGAGGGGGUGGAGAGAGAGGCUCUGGUCUCCAUUAAUGGUCAACCCCUUCAUUAGUCUUCCAUUAGUCCACCUCCCUUCCUCUUACCUCAUCUGAUGGUCAGCCGAACUCCACUGUUGUCAUGGUGACUGGGUUGCCUUCCUCUCCCUGGUCAGGUCAUUAAGCUGCUGGAUGGGAAGCGUUCCCAGGCCGUAGGGAUACUCAUCUCUAGUCUGCACCUGGAGAUGAAUGACAUACUGCAAGGUGAGUGGCAUACAGCAGUGGGACCCCCAGCCGUUCCAUGUAUUUGAUUUAUUCCAGAACUAGCACAACUGAUUCAAUUUGUCAACUUAUUAUCAAGCCCUUGAUUAGGUGAAUCAGGAGAGCUUAUUCAGGGCUACAACAACAUUGUGAGAUGUCUGGGGUCCCCGAGGUGAGGUUUGAAAACCCCUGACAUGUACUGUGCAUCUAAAAUAAUCUCUGAGAAGAAGGGUGCAUACUCUCUCUUCUCUCUUUUUUUUAAACGGAAUCUAGACAUUCAACAGAGGCUUUUAUCCAAAGCUAUUACAUAAAUAGUAGCUAAAUGCCUAUGUGGCGCAUGUAGGACCAGAACCCACAACUUAAUCUAAGAUGGCACAAUUAACAGUUUACACAUCCAGUAUAUUCAAUAUGUGUGGUCCGUGUAGGACUCAAACCCACAACUCAAGCACUAGUCUAUGUUCCAACCAAGUGAGUCAUCUGAACCACAACUAAAAGUCUGACUCUGGACCCCUCUACCCUGUAUUUGACUUCAAACAGACAGACAGACAGACAGACAGACAGACAGACAGACAGACAGACAGACAGACAGACAGACAGGGCCUAACUCCAACCACCACCAAAUCUCCAUUCAGCUGUACUGUCAUAUCUGAUCUAGUCAGACCAAAUGGAACAUCAGGAUAUACACUGCUCAAAAAAAUAAAGGGAACACUUAAACAACACAAUAUAACUCCAAGUCAAUCACACUUCUGUGAAAUCAAACUGUCCACUUAGGAAGCAACACUGAUUGACAAUACAUUUCACAUGCUGGAAAUUAUAGGCAAUUAGCAAGACACCCCCAAUAAAGGACUGGUUUUGCAGGUGGUGACCACAGACCACUUCUCAGUUCCUAUGCUUCCUGGCUGAUGUUUUGGUCACUUUUGAAUGCUGGCGGUGCUUUCACUCUAGUGGUAGCAUGAGACGGAGUCUACAACCCACACAAGUGGCUCAGGUAGUGCAGCUCAUCCAGGAUGGCACAUCAAUGCGAGCUGUGGCAAGAAGGUUUGCUGUGUCUGUCAGCGUAGUGUCCAGAGCAUGGAGGCGCUACCAGGAGACAGGCCAGUACAUCAGGAGACGUGGAGGGGGCCGUAGGAGGGCAACAACCCAGCAGCAGGCCUGCUACCUCCACCUUUGUGCAAGGAGGAGCAGGAGGAGCACUGCCAGAGCCCUGCAAAAUGACCUCCAGCAGGCCACAAAUGUGCAUGUGUCUGCUCAGACGGUCAGAAACAGACUCCAUGAGGGUGGUAUGAGGGCCCGACGUCCACAGGUGGGGGUUGUGCUUACAGCCCAACACCAUGCAGGACGUUUGGCAUUUGCCAGAGAACACCAAGAUUGGCAAAUUCGCCACUGGCGCCCUGUGCUCUUCACAGAUGAAAGCAGGUUCACACUGAGCACAUGUGACAGACGUGACAGAGUCUGGAGAUGCCGUGGAGAACGUUCUGCUGCCUGCAACAUCCUCCAGCAUGACCGGUUUGGCGGUGGGUCAGUCAUGGUGUGGGGUGGCAUUUCUUUGGGAGGCCGCACAGCCCUCCAUGUGCUCGCCAGAGGUAGCCUGACUGCCAUUAGGUACCGAGAUGAGAUCCUCAGACCCCUUGUGAGACCAUAUGCUGGUGCGGUUGGCCCUGGGUUCCUCCUAAUGCAAGACAAUGCUAGACCUCAUGUGGCUGGAGUGUGUCAGCAGUUCCUGCAAGAAGAAGGCAUUGAUGCUAUGGACUGGCCCGCCCGUUCCCCAGACCUGAAUCCAAUUGAGCACAUCUGGGACAUCAUGUUUCGCUCCAUCCACCAACGCCAUGUUGCACCACAGACUGUCCAGGAGUUGGCAGAUGCUUUAUUCCAGGUCUGGGAGGAGAUCCCUCAGGAGACCAUCCGCCACCUCAUCAGGAGCAUGCCCAGGCGUUGUAGGGAGGUCAUACAGGCACGUGGAGGCCACACACACUACUGAGCCUCAUUUUGACUUGUUUUAAGGACAACAAAGUUGGAUCAGCCUGUAGUGUGGUUUUCCACUUUAAUUUUCAUCCAAAUCCAGACCUCCAUGGGUUGAUAAAUUUGAUUUCCAUUGAUAAUUCUUGUGUGAUUUUGUUGUCAGCACAUUCAACUAUGUAAAGAAAAAAGUAUUUAAUAAGAUUAUUUCAUUCAUUCAGAUCUAGGAUGUGUUAUUUUAGUGUUCCCUUAAUUUCUUUGAGCAGUGUAUGAUCAGUAUUAGACAAAAGGAACAUCAGGAUAUAUGAUCAGUAUUAGACAAAAGGAACAUCAGGAUAUAUGAUCAGUAUUAGACAACAGGAACAUCAGGAUAUAUGAUCAGUAUUAGACAAAAGGAACAGGAUAUAUGAUCAGUAUUAGACAAAAGGAACAUCAGGAUAUAUGAUCAGUAUUAGACAACAGGAACAUCAGGAUAUAUGAUCAGUAAUAGACAAAAGGAACAGGAUAUAUGAUCAGUAUUAGACAAAAGGAACAUCAGGAUAUAUGAUCAGUAUUAGAAACAUGGAACAUCAGGAUAUAUGAUCAGUAUUAGAAAAAUGGAACAUCAGGAUAUAUGAUCAGUAUUAGACAAAAGGAACAUCAGGAUAUAUGAUCAGUAUUAGACAAAAGGAACAUCAGGAUAUAUGAUCAGUAUUAGACAAAAGGAACAUCAGAAUAUAUGAUCAGUAUUAGACAAAUGCAACAUCAGGAUAUAUGAUCAGUAUUAGACAAAGGGAACAUCAGGAUAUAUGAUCAGUAUUAGACAAAAUGAACAUCAGGAUUUAUGAUCAGUAUUAAACAGAUGGAACAGCAGGAUAUAUGAUCAGUAUUAGAGAAAUGGAACGUCAGGAUAUAAGAUCAGUAGUAGACAAAAGGAACAUCAGGAUAUAUGAUCAGUAUUAGAAAAAUGGAACAUCAGGAUAUAUGAUCAGUAUUGGACAAAAGGAACAUCAGGAUAUAUGAUCAGUAGUAGACAAAAGGAACAUCAGGAUAUAUGAUCAGUAUUAGACAAAGGAACAUCAGGAUAUAUGAUCAGCAGUAGACAAAAGGAACAUCAGGAUAUAUGAUCAGUAUUAGACAAAGGAAAAUCAGGAUAUAUGAUCAGUAUAAGACAAAAGGAACAUCAGGAUAUAUGAUCAGUAUUAGAAAAAUGGAACAUCAGGAUACAUGAUCAGUAUUAGACAAAAGGAACAUCAGGAUAUAUGAUCAGUAUUAGAAAAAUGGAACAUCAGGAUAUAUGAUCAGUAUUAGACAAAAGGAACAUCAGGAUAUAUGAUCAGUAUUAGACAAAAGGAACAUCAGGAUUUAUUAUCAGUAUUAAACAGAUGGAACAUCAGGAUAUAUGAUCAGUAUUAGAGAAAUGGAACGUCAGGAUAUAAGAUCAGUAGUAGACAAAAGGAACAUCAGGAUAUAUGAUCAGUAUUAGAAAAAUGGAACAUCAGGAUAUAUGAUCAGUAUUGGACAAAAGGAACAUCAGGAUAUAUGAUCAGUAGUAGACAAAAGGAACAUCAGGAUAUAUGAUCAGUAUUAGACAAAGGAACAUCAGGAUAUAUGAUCAGCAGUAGACAAAAUGAACAUCAGGAUAUAUGAUCAGUAUUAGACAAAGGAACAUCAGGAUAUAUGAUCAGUAUAAGACAAAAGGAACAUCAGGAUAUAUGAUCAGUAUUAGAAAAAUGGAACAUCAGGAUACAUGAUCAGUAUUAGACAAAAGGAACAUCAGGAUAUAUGAUCAGUAUUAGAAAAAUUGAACAUCAGGAUAUAUGAUCAGUAUUAGACAAAAGGAACAUUAGGAUAUAUGAUCAGUAUUAGACAAAAGGAACAUCAGGAUAUAUGAUCAGUAUUAGACAAAAGGAACAUCAGGAUAUGUAAUCAGUAUUAGACAAAGGAACAUCAGGAUAUAUGAUCAGUAUUAGACAAAGGGAACAUCAGGAUAUAUGUUCAGUAUUAGACAAUAGGAACAUCAGGAUAUAUGAUCAGUAUUAGAAAAAUUGAACAUUAGGAUAUAUGAUCAGUAUUAGACAAAGGGAACAUCAGGAUAUAUGUUCAGUAUUAGACAAUAGGAACAUCAGGAUAUAUGAUCAGUAUUAGAAAAAUUGAACAUUAGGAUAUAUGAUCAGUAUUAGACAAAAGGAACAUCAGGAUAUAUGAUCAGUAUUAGACAAAUGGAACAUCAGGAUUUAUGAUCAGUAUUAGACAAAUGCAACAUCAGGAUAUAUGAUCAGUAUUAAACAGAUGGAACAGCAGGAUAUAUGAUCAGUAUUAGAAAAAAGGACUCAGCAGAAAACAUCCCACAAUGACAGGCUAAGGCUUCAUUCCAAAUGGCACCCUAUUCCCUAUAUAGUGCGCUGCGUUUGACCAGGGCCCAGCAGUUCAUUACAUAGGGAAUAGGGUGCCAUUUGGGACACAUUCUGAGAAUUACCAUUUGAACUGGGAAAGACAGUACCUUCAGGGGAAGGAAUCUACACUGUGGAUCUCUUUGGUUUCUGUGGCAGGGAGCAGUUAGUUUCCCAGAAGUGGAGAUUUUUAGAUUUGUUGGCUGUGUGUGUGUGUGUGUGUGUGUGUGUGUGUGUGUGUGUGUGUGUGUGUGUGUGUGUGUGCGUGCGUGCGUAUAUCUGGCCCUUACACACCUCUCACCAGCACAACACUGAUCAUGUGGAGACAGACUUUGUUUUUUGGGAAUCGUGUAGGAGAGUUGGCUUGGGUUAUUUUGUGUGAUUAUGGGAAAAAUCUCACACUCACGCCUACAGUUUCCCGCCAGUCAUAGAAAUACCCUUAUGUGACCCCACAUGUUUGUAAAGAUGCAAUUCACUGUAUCCAUGCACUACCUUCACUCAUGACUCAAUGAACCUGUUUACUCCUGUAGCUGUGCUGACGGUGGACAACUCUGUAGUGGACCUGGAAACAAUCCAGGCUUUACACGACAACGUGAGUAUCACUCCUUUCUUGUAUUGUCCUUUUUGCAUUUUGAGCUCUCUUCAGUUUGCAGUUUUAAGUGUUGUUUGAUGCCCCUACCAGAGAGCCCAGCCUGAUGAGCUGGAGAGGAUAAAGAAACACUACCAGACUUCAGAGGAGGAGCAGGUCAAGCUGCUGGACAAACCUGAACAGUGAGUGUUCUCCUUCCCCUUCUUUUCACCUUGUUAACUUUCUGUGGAGGAAUUGUGAGUAGCUCCACCUCAAGGCACCAUCUCCAACUCAAGGCACCAUCUCCACGUCAAGGCACCAUCUCCACCUCAAGGCACCAUCUCCACCUCAAGGCACCAUCUCCAACUCAAGGCACCAUCUCCACGUCAAGGCACCAUCUCCACGUCAAGGCACCAUCUCCACCUCAAGGCACCAUCUCCACGUCAAGGCACCAUCUCCACCUCAAGGCACCAUCUCCACCUCAAGGCACCAUCUCCACCUCAAGGUACCAUCUCCAUGUCAAGGCACCAUCUCCACCUCAAGGCACCAUUUCCCCGUCAAGGCACCAUCUCCACCUCAAGGCACCAUCUCCACCUCAAGGCACCAUCUCCACCUCAAGGUACCAUCUCCCCAUCAAGGCACCAUCUCCCCGUCAAGGUACCAUCUCCACCUCAAGGCACCAUCUCCACCUCAAGGUACCAUCUCCCCAUCAAGGCACCAUCUCCCCGUCAAGGCACCAUCUCCACCUCAAGGCACCAUCUCCACCUCAAGGUACCAUCUCCAUGUCAAGGCACCAUCUCCCCGUCAAGGCACCAUCUCCACCUCAAGGCACCAUCUCCACCUCAAGGUACCAUCUCCCCAUCAAGGCACCAUCUCCCCGUCAAGGCACCAUCUCCACCUCAAGGCACCAUCUCCACCUCAAGGCACCAUCUCCACGUCAAGGCACCAUCUCCACCUCAAGGCACCAUCUCCACCUCAAGGCACCAUCUCCACCUCAAGGUACCAUCUCCCCAUCAAGGCACCAUCUCCCCGUCAAGGCACCAUCUCCACCUCAAGGCACCAUCUCCACCUCAAGGCACCAUCUCCACCUCAAGGCACCAUCUCCACCUCAAGGCACAAUCUCCCCAUCAAGGCACCAUCUCCACCUCAAGGCACCAUCUCCACCUCAAGGCACCAGCUUUUAUGGUAUACAUUGGUUGGAACUCUAAUAGGACUGUGACGGAAUCAUGGAAUUUUGGAUGAUGGUUAUUGGCCAGCCAAAUUACCACAGUCACUGUAAUAACGAUAGGAUAGCAUAAAUCUAAAAAAAAGAAUACACAUUUUAAAUAUAUAUAUAUAUAUUUUUAAGACACACAUUUUAUCCUCUCCUCCGCUCCUGACAUACAGUAAUGGGUGGAUUUGUGUUCAUUGACUACAGCUCAGCGUUCAACACCAUAGUGCCCUUCACACUCAUUACUAAGCUAAGGACCCUGGGCCUGAUCCCCUUCCCUCUGCAACUGGAUCCUGGACUUCCUGACGGGCCACCCCCAGGUGGUGAGGUAGGAAACAACACAUCUGCCACGCUGACCCUCAACACGGGGGCCCCUCAGGGGUGCGUGCUUAGUCCCCUCCUGUACUCCCUGUUCACCCACGACUGCAUGGCCGUGCACGACUCCAACACCAUCAUUAAGUUUGCAGACGACACGACGGUGGUAGGCAUGAUCACCGACAACGAUGAGACAGCCUACAGGGAGCAGGUCAGAGACCUGGCAGUGUGGUGCCAGGACAACAACCUCUCCCUCAACAUCAGCAAGACAAAAGAGCUGACCGUGGACUACAGGAAAUGGAGGGCAGAGCAUGCCCCCAUCCACAUCAAUGUAGUGGAGCAGGUUGAGAGCUUCAAGUGUCCACAUCACUAAGGAAUUAUCAUGGUCCACACACACCAACACAGUUGUGAAGAGGGCACGACAACGCCUCAGGAGGCUUAAAAGGUUUGGCAUGGGCCCUCAGAUCCUCAAAAAGUUAUACAGCUGCACCAUUGAGAGCAUCUUGACUGGCUGCAUCACCGCUUGGUAUGGCAACUGCUUGACAUCUGACCGUAAGGCACUUAAGAGGGUAGUGCAUACGGCCCAGUACAUCACUGGGGCCAAGCUUCCUGCCAUCCAGGACCUCUAUACCAGGCGGUGUCAGAGGAAGGCCCUAAAAAUUGUCAAAGACUCCAGCCACCCAAGUCAUAGACUGUUCUCUCUGCUACCGCACGGCAAGCGGUACCGAUGCACCAAGUCUGGAACCAACAGGACCCUGAACAGCUUCUACCAAGCCAUAAGACUGCUAAAUAGUUAGUUACAGUGCAUUCUGAAAGUAUCUUUCCACAUUUUGUUACGUUACAGCCUCAUUCUAAAAUGGAUGAAAAUGUGUUUUUUUCCUCAUCAAUCUACACACAAUAUCCCAUAAUGACAAAGCAAAAACAGGUUUUUAGAAGUGUUUGCUAAUUUAUAAUUUUAAAAAACUUUAAAAAGUUUGGGGUCAUUUAGAAUUUUCCUUGUUUUCCAUGAACACAUACAUGAAAUGAGUUUGAAUAGGAAAUAUAGCAAAAUGAAUAGGAAAUGUAGUCAUUGACAAGGUUAGAAAUCAUAAUUUUUAAUUGAAAUAAUAAUUGUGUCCUUCAAACGUUGCUUUCGUCAAAGAAUCCUCCAUUUGCAGCAAUUACAGCCUUGCAGACCUUUGGCAUUCUAGUUGUCAAUUUGUUGCGGUAAUCUGAAGCUUCCAAGCUUCCUGAAGCACCUCCCACAGUUGGAUUGGCUUGAUGGGCACUUCUUACGGUCAAGAUGCUCCUACAACAGCUCAUUAGGGUUGAGAUCCGGUGACUGUGCUGGCCACUCCAUUAUAGACAGAAUACCAGCUGAAUGCUUCUUCCCUAAAUAGUUAUUGUAUAGUUUGGAGCUGUGCUUUGGGUCAUUGUCCUGUUGUAGGAGGAAAUUGGUUCCAAUCAAGCGCCGUCCACAGGGUAUGGCAUGGCGUUGCAAAAUGGAGUGAUAGCCUUCCUUCUUCAAUAUCCCUUUUACCCUGUACAAAUCUCCCACUUUACCACCACCAAAGCACCCCCAGACCAUCACAUUGCCUCCACCACGCUUGACAGAUGGCAUCAAACACUCCUCCAGCAUCUUUUCAUUUGGUCUGCGUCUCACAAAUGUUCUUCUUUGUGAUCCGAACACAAACUUCGAUUAGUCUGUCCAUAACACUUUUUUCCAAUCUUCCUCUGUCCAGUGUCUGUGUUCUUUUGCCCAUCUUAAUCUUUUAUUUUUAUUGGCCAGUCUGAGAUAUGGCUUUUUCUUUGCAACUCUGCCUAGAAGGUCAGCAUCCCGGAGUCACCUCUUCACUGUUGACGUUGAGACUGGUGUUUUGCGGGUACUAUUUCAUGAAGCUGCCAGUUGAGGACCUGUGAGGCGUCUGUUUCUCAAACUAGACACUCUAAUGUAUUUGUCCUCUUGCUCAGUUGUGCACCGGGGCCUCCCACUCCUCUUUCUAUUCUGGUUAGAGCCAGUUUGCGCUGUUCUGUGAAGGGAGUAGUACACAGAGUUGUACGAGAUCUUCAGUUUCUUGGCAAUUUCUCUCAUGGAAUAGCCUUAAUUUCUCAGAACAAGAAUAGACUGACGAGUUUCAGAAGAAAGUUAUUUGUUUCUGGCCAUUUUGAGCCUGUUAUCAAACCCACAAUUGCUGAUGCUCCAUAUACUCAACUAGUCUCAAGAAGGCCAGUUUUAUUGCUUCUUUAAUCAGCACAACAGUUUUCAGCUGUGCUAACAUAAUUGCAAAAGGGUUUUCUAAUGAUCAAUUAGCCUUUUAAAAUUAUAAACUUGGAGCAGCAAACACAACGUGCCAUUGGAACACAGGACUGAUGGUUGCUGAUAAUGGGCCUCUGAACACCUAUGUAGAUAUUCCAUUUAAAAUCAUUUCCAGCUACAAUAGCCAUUUACUGAUAGCCACACUGAUCAAUUUGAUGUUAUUUUAAUGGACAAAGAAAUUGCUUUUCUGUAGAAAACAAGGACAUUUCUAAGUGACCCCAAACUUUUGAACGGUAGUGUAACUAUUCAGACCCUUUACUCAAUACUUUGUUGAAGCACCUUUGGCAGCGAUUACAGCCUCGAUUCCACUUGGGUAUGACGCUACAAGCUUGGAACACCUGUAUUUGGGGAGUUUCUCCCAUUGUUCUCUGCAGAUCCUCUCAAGCUCUGUCAGGUUGGAUGGGGAGCGUCGCUGCACAGCUAUUUUCAUGUCUCUCCAGAGAUGUUCGAUCGGGUUCAAGUCUGGGCUCUGCCUGGGCCACUCAAGGACAUUCAGAGACUUGUCCCGAAGCCACUCCUGCAUUGUCUUGGCUGUGUGCUUAGGGUCGUUGUCCUGUUGGAAGGUGAACCGUCGCCCCAGUCUGAGGUCCUGAGCGCUCCUGAGCAGGAUUUCAUCAAGGAUCUCUCUGUACUUUGCUCCUUUCAUCUUUCCCUCGAUCCUGACUAGUCUCCCAGUCCCUGCCGCUGAAAAACAUCCCCACAGCAUGAUGCUGCCACCACCAUGCUUCACCGUAGGGAUGGUGCCAGGUUUCCUCCAGACGUGACGCUUGGCAUUCAGGUCAAAGAGUUCAAUCUUGGUUUCAUCAGACCAGAUCAUCUUGUUUCUCAUUGUCUGAGAGUCAUUUAGGUGCCUUUUGUCAAACUCCAAGUGGGCUGCCAGGUGCCUUUUACUGAGGAAUGGCUUCUGUCUGGCCACUCUACCAUAAAGGCCUGAUUGGUGGAGUGCUGCAGAGAUGGUUAUACAUCUGGAAGGUUCUCCCAUCUCCACAGAGGAACUCUGGAGCUCUGUCAGAGUAACCAUCGGGUUCUUGGUCACCUCCCUGACCAAGGCCCUUCUCCGCCGAUUGCUCAGUUUGGCCGGGCGGCCAGCUCUAGGAAGAGUCUUGGUGGUUCCAAACUUCUUCCAUUUAAGAAUGCUGGAGGCCACUGUGUUCUUGGGGACCUUCAAUGCCGCAGGAAUUAUUUGGUACCCUUCCCCAGAUCUGUGCCUCGAUAUAAUCCUGUCUCGGAUCUCUACGGACAAUUCCUUCGACCUCAUGGCUUGGUUUUUGCUCUGACGUGCACUGUCAACUGUGGGACCUUAUAUAGACAUGUGUGUGCAUUUCCAAAUCAUGUCCAAUCAAUUGAAUUUACCAAAGGUGGACUCCAAUCAAGUUGUAAAAACAUCUCAAGGAUGAUCAAUGGAAACAGGAUGCACCUGAGCUCAAUUUCGCGUCUCAUAGCAAAGGAUCUGAAUACUUAUGUAAAUAAGUUAGUUCUGGUUUUGGCGUUUUUAAAUGUGCAAAAAUUUCAAAAAAACUGUUUUUACUUUGUCAUAAUGGGGUAUUUUGUGUUGAUUGAUGAGGAAAAAAAUUAAUUUAAUCCAUUUUAGAAUAAGGCUGUGACGUAACAAAAUGUGGAAAAAGGGAAGGGGUCUGAAUACUUUCAGAAUGUACUGUGAAUGGUUAACCAAUAGCUACCCGGACUACUUGCAUUGACCCUUUUUGCACUAACUCUUUUGACUCAUCACAUACGCUGCUGUUACUGUUUAUCAUCUAUCCUGUUGCCUAGUAACUUUAUUGUGUAUUUAUUCCUCAUGUUAUUAUUUUUCUAUUAUUUCUAUUAUUUUCUCUCUGCAUUGUUGGAAAGUGCCCGUAACGAAGCAUUUCACUGUUAGUCUACACCUGUUGUUUACGAAGCAUGUGACAAAUAACAUUUGAUUUGAUUGCGAGUGUAACCAUAGGAGCAAAGCAGGAAGUAAGAGCAGGAAGUGUACCAAUCAAUAUGUGCUGUGAUUUGUUGGUUCAACUCAACUGACAUCACAAAAUAUAUAUUUCAUUGCAUGAGCCAAACCAGUUAGCAUCUUUUGAAUGAAAAUUCUACUUUACCAUGACAACGGUUGCAUCACAGUACCAGGCAUGAUAGGUGGCACAAGGGUUCACCAAACAAAUUCACCUUUAUAAUAAAGCAUUCCAUGCAUCCUCGCAUUUGCAGACUUACUGUAUGUAAGAGACACCACGUGAUCAAAAGUAUGUGGACACCUGCUCGUCAAACAUCUCAUUCUAAACUCAUGGGCGUUAAUAUGGAGUUGGUCCCCCCUUUGCUGCUAUAACAGCCUCCACUCUUCAGGGAAGGCUUUCCAUUGGACUUGCUUCCAUUCAGCCACAAGAGCAUUAGUGAGGUCGGGCACUGAUGUUGGGCGAUUAGGCCUGGCUCACAGUCUGUGUUCCAAUUAAUCCUAAAGGCAUUCGAUGGGGUUGUGGUCAGGACUCUUUGCAGGCCAGUCAAGUUCUUCCACACCGAUCUCGACAAACCAUUUCCGUAUGGACCUCACUUUGUGCACGGGGGCAUUGUCAUGCUGAAACAGGAAAGGGCCUUCCUCAAACUGUUGCCACAAUGUUGGAAGCACAGAAUUUUCUAGAAUGUCAUUGUAUGCUGUAGCGAUUUCCCUUCACUGGAACUAAGGGGCCUAGCCCGAACCUUGAAAAACAGCCCCAGACCAUUAUUCCUCCUCCACCAAACUUUACAAUUGGCUCUAUGCAUUCGGGCAGGUAGCGUUCUCCUGUCGUCCGCCAAACCCAGAUUCGUCCGUCGGACUGCCAGAUGGUGAAGCGUGAUUCAUCACUCCAGAGAACGCGUUUCCACUGCUCCAGAGUCCAAUGGCCGCGAGCUUUACACCACUCCAGCCGACGCUUGGCAUUGCGCAUGGUGAUCUUAGGCUUGUGUGCGGCUGCUCGGCCAUGGAAACCCAUUUCAUGAAGCUCCCGACGAACAGUUCUUGUGCUGACGUUGCUUCCAGAGGCAGUUUGGAACUCAGUAGUCAUUGUUGCAACCGAGGACAGACGAUUUUUACGCGCUACGCGCUUCAGCACUCUGCGGUCCCAUUCUGUGAGCUUGUGUUGCCACUUCACAAUAACAGCACUUACAGUUGACCGGGACAGCUCUAGCAUGGCAAUUUAUUGGUAAGGUGGCAUCCUAUAACGAUGCCACGUAGAAAGUCAAUGAGUUCUUCAGUUAAGCCAUUCUACUGACAACGUUUGUCUAUGGAGAUUGCAUGGCGGUGUGCUCAAUUUUAUUCACCUGUCAGCAACGGGUGUGGCUGAAAUAGCCGUAUCCACUAAUUUGAAGGUGUUUCCACAUACUUUUGUAUAUACAGUGUAGCUUACUAUUACUAAUGUGAUGAAUAGAUUGGAUAGUCAUAAUUUAGGCUAACAAUAUAACUCUGUUCAAUGCAGCACGUUGUGGCGUAGAGUAGUCUCAGCCUAUCAGACUUUCUUCUCCUUUCUUUGCAUGGGAAAAAUUUGGCCUUUUAUAAACACAUUUCAUGCAAUUCUACUGCACUUGAUAUGACUGGAGACAUUAGCAAGAAUCAUUUUUAAUAUGCCAAAAAUGACCAUGGGUAGCCUACUCUGCUGACGUUGACAAACAGAUCAAUAAAAACAACGUUGUCUGAUCCAUAUAAUCGGCCUACUUGAAGGGACGACACAAAUACAACAUGACGUCCAUCUAACCUGGAGGAGGACAUUAUUAUCCAAAAACAAACUUUCAAGUGGCACUGACCCAACGAUAAAGACAGUAAAUAUGCACUCACCGGGGAUAUGGCCGAUGUUCUCUGCUUAUGCAAUUAAGAUAGGCUACACUGUUCACUCAAUUAAAUUGAGAAUUUUAAUAACUAAAAGACAGAAUAGUAUUUUCAUUGUCUUCUCUUUACAGCAGAAGCCAUUUGCUUUCCAAACUAUUUUUUCCCGCAAUUGUAUUUAGAAAUAUUGCCUGGCUGGGCCUCUCUACUUUUCACUGACAGUCGCAACUCAACAAUCAUCUAUUUGGUAUCUGCAGCGCAAGCUGCCCAAGUUGCGGCCCUUCCGACUGUAGACAAUGCGAUUUAAAACAAUCCACAGCCUUUUAAAUAAAAUAAGCUAAUGAUCCUCUGUGGCCAAAUCAUGCUUUCUGGUAUAGUAGCCUAUUUUGAAACAUUAUAUUUAUUUCUGCAUAGGCUAAUUAGGCUCGAUAAUUUUGGCAAAUGUAAUUCAAUUUACUUUAGGGGAAGCUUAGCUUAAAGCUUAAAUGGCUAUGACUGUUAUUUUAUUUUCAGGACGGUCUUCAUCCAUAACCGUCAGUUAUACGGUAAUUAUUCCAGCCCUAAACUCUAAUGUAGGAAAAUGACAAAGAUGGUAGUAGCAUCAAAGUAACUUCCAUCAUGUCUUCUUCCUGUCACCUGUGUUGUCUCUAGGUUCCUGUAUGAGUUAUCUCAGAUACCAGACUUCCCAGGCAGAGCUUCAAGUAUCAUCUUCCAGUCUGUCUUCAUAGACAGCAUCGCCUCCAUACAGUGCAAGUUGGACAUCGUCUCUCGCAUCUGCAAGGUAGUUGCAAGAUAAUAAUGAAUAUUAAGAAAUUCAGAUUUCUACCAGAUGAAUUGAGGAGCUUGCUGUGUUCGUUUAAAGGACAUUCAAGCCUAUGUGUCAGGCCUAAAUUCCAUGGUCCAUUUUCGGUGGUCCGGCAACAGAGCAACCACAGGAAGCGUGUGCACUGUACACCACAUCGUCAUAAGGUUCAAAAGAGUCUCUAGUGUUCUGAAGUGCAGUCAAAACUAUAUUAGUUAACAGGAGGUUGGUAUCUCUGAAUCUAGGAUCUGAUGGAGACCUCCAGUGUGAGGGAAGUGAUGGGUCUGGUUCUAGCCCUGGGGAACCACAUGAACGGGGGCAACAGGACCAGAGGACAGGCUGACGGCUUCGACCUGGAGAUCCUUCCCAAACUAAAGGACGUCAAGAGCAGGGUAAGGAAGUCUCAACUCCGCAGUAUGGUAGAGUAUCACUUCAAACAACCUUGUCAAAACGGCUCAAACCCCUUAGUGUAAUGGCUAAAGUGUUGGACUGACAAUCACAGUUAAGAACAUGGUCUGGAAUAGUAUACAAUUGGAUUAGUGUAUAAUGUGACCCAGUAUACACACAUACCAAGGUUUUAUUAUUAGUUAGUCUUGUACACAUUCACAGCUAAAAGCUGAAACUCCAGCACCACCCAAUACCAUCCAACAGCAUUACGAGGCAAAAGACAGACAAAUGCGGAGCUUUGUUUGCGGUGAUCUUUCUUUUGAUUAUGUGCAUUGCGUUAUUUUGCAUUAUGUUUGAUGUUGUUUUGAUGUGUUGUGUGUUCUUUCCUCUUUUCAGGACAAUCGUAUCAGUCUGGUCGACUAUGUGGUAUCAUACUAUCUCCGCAACCUGGAUGAGGUAAUGUCAAUUUAUUGUGAUGAAAGUUUUACACAAAGUUGGUCGAUGGUGGUUUGGUAGAUUUCUGGUCAUUCUGGUGUUAUCUUUUUGCUUCCACAUAGAAUACCUCUAGAAUGUUGAUCAACGUUGUUGUUGAUGUUGUUGUUAUUGUUGUCACUGAUGUUGUUGUUGAUGUUGUUAUUGUUGUCACUGAUGUUGUUAUUGUUGUUGAUGUUGUUGUUGUUGUUGUCACUCUGAUGUUGUUAUUGAUGUUGUUAUUGUUGUCACUGUUGUUGUUGUUAUUGUUGUCACUGAUGUUGUUGUUAAUGUUGUUGUUGUUGUUGUCACUCUGAUGUUGUUGUUGUUUCCCUCCAGAAUGCUGGGACAGAGAGAAGUGUGUUUCCUCUCCCUGAGCCUCAGGAUGUGUUCCUGUCAGCCCAGGUCAAGUUUGAAGACAUCACCAAGGAGCUGAGGCAGCUGAGACGGGACCUGACAGGUGGUAGAAUCAUAAUACAUUAUUCAUCAUUGAUUGGAUUAUAUAGCCCUUUUCCAGUCAUUCAACUCACUAUUGUAAGAGAGAAACUCACCUCAUCCACCACCAAUGGUGAAAGGUAUUUUAGGCAUCACAAUACCCACUUAUAUAACUGAUUGAAAAGUGUGACAGCAUGUUUCUGUAUUUAUGUGACUGGGUGAAUGGAAUGGUGUUACUCUAAGGUUAGUUUGUCAUGUGUUUGUGUUUGAAAGCCUCCAUCAGCCUGUGUAACUCUAUCUCUGUAGUUAGUGCUGCUUCAGAUUCUUCACAGCCGCAACCUCGGCCCCAGUCAGUCUGGUAGUGUUCUGUUCUCACCAGGCCCCAUUCAUUCACACAGCAACAAGGAUGGUUUCCCAUCAGCCAUCACUGGCCACAGCAGCCAUUUAGAAACCCUGUUUUAAUGCCAAAGGAC